GCCCAAGAUGUGCUGGGAAGGGUGUUUUUGCCAUUUUUUCAUGGAUUUCAAUAGAAAUCUCACUAAAAACCGUGCUUAUAUUCUUGAAAGUGCUCUUUUUAGUGAUUUUAAUUGAGCUCGAGUCGUCAAGGAUCUCCAAAAGCCCAUUUAAACCAGGCUGAUAUGCGCAAAUUUGGAGGAAAAUUAGCCUGAAACUCGGCACAAGGUUAAAGCGAUGGCUGAGAAUUCUGGGGACGUGACUUGAGCCCAUGGAGAACGUGACCAAUGUGACCACGGAGGAGGCGGACGGCGCCGUCGGCGGCGGCAACAGCGACGAGUUGCGCAGGUUGUAUGAGUUCCUCGUCAAGGGGGUGCUGCUCGGCCUGGUCAGCCUGAUGGGCAUCUUGGGCAACGUGCUGACCAUGGUGAUCCUGUCGCGGCCGCAGAUGCGUUCCAGCAUCAACUGCCUGCUUGUUGGACUGGCUCGGUGCGACGCCGCUCUCCUCGUCGCCGCCAUCCUAAUCUUUUCGCUACCCUCUGUGGCCACCUACACCGGCUGCCUGCCGCAUUACAUGUACUAUGUCUACCCUUCCAUCGCCAGGAUUGUUUACCCCAUGGGAUUGAUUGCGCAGACGGGCUCAGUGUAUUUGACCUUGACGGUGACCCUGGAGCGUUAUGUGGCCGUGUGCCACCCUCUGCGCGCUCGGUCCCUCUGCACUUACGGCCGGGCGCGGAUUUACGUUGUGCUUAUCAUUGUUUUCUCCGUUUUGUACAACCUGCCGCGCUUUUUUGAGGUGGAGCGUGUCACUGGCACCCUGCCACCAUACAACACCACCAUUUACAUGGUGAGCGCCUCAGCGCUGCGGAACGACCCUCUCUACAUAACCAUCUAUGUCAACUGGACAUAUCUGCUGGUCAUGUACUUUGUCCCUUUCCUUGCGCUUGCCAUCUUCAACUGCGCAAUUUACAUGCAGGUGAGGAAAGCAAAUGCUGAGAGGCAACGCCUGUCCCGGCUGCAGAAAAAGGAGAUUGGAUUGGCAACGAUGCUAAUGUGCGUGGUCGUAGUCUUCUUCAUGUGCAACAUCCUGCCGCUGGUCAACAACGUGCUUGAGGCCUUUUACGGCAUUCUGCAAGACGAGCUUAUCGCCACGAGCAAUUUGCUUGUGGCCAUAAACUCAUCCGUCAACUUUGUCAUCUACGUCAUCUUCGGAGACAAGUUCAAGCGGCUUUUCUUCAAGAUCUUCUGGCCGCAGCGUGGCCGCUGUUGCCGAGGGGGUAACGACUCCCCAGAGGCCACCCACGAGGAAAGUUUUGUCUCCAACGGCCGCACUUUCAGUGUGCGCCAACCUAGCAGUCGGAUGGCCCGCAACAACGGAAGCCGCGACGUUAAACUGCAGCUGCUGGCGCCGUCGACGCGCUCGCCCUGCGUUUACUACCCAACUGAUGACGAACUCAAGGGCCUCGACGAGCAGUGUUAAUUUCUCUCAAGACGGUGUGUGAUUUUAUUUAUUGCGAAUACACUUGGUGGAAUUUAAGAUUUAAAAGAUUUUCAACCCGAAUCGACGAGAUUGCCUGUCAGGGCUUUUGCUCAAUUUGAGUUUCAUCUACAUAAUAUGUGUUUUGUGUUUCAAGUUGCAAAUUUGAAUUCAUGAUUGAACAAAUAAUAUUUUAACUAAUAUGAAAAAUUUGUUGAUUCUGAAAAUAUGACGUCCCAGGGCAAAGUUAGAGGUGUUAAUUAUGUUCUUAAAAAAUGUAUAUGCAAUGAAAAAUGUAUAAUGGUAGACAAAUCAUAAUUAUAUUUAUCAUUAUUUAACGCGCUCUUAAUUUAUUUUCAUUCUGCAUGUACUUAUACCUUAGUUUGUAUUUUUGUCUUAAUUUUUUAAGAAGAAAGUUUUGCAAGAAAUUUCCUUUGAUUGGGAGAUUACAAAAAUCAAGUAUUAAUACAGUUCAAUAAAUAAUUCAAAGGUGUAACUCUUAAAAAUCCUUUAAAAAAUUUCAUCUCUUUGCUAAAAGCUGGUUCGAGAUAAAUUAAUAAUAAUAAUUGCCCAUGUAGUGAAAGCUGUGUAAGUUGCAAUGCACUUCUAUGCUAUAUUAGUCCUUUCUGAUGGAUCGGAUAGUUUUCUUGACUAGAUACUGAGCCAUCUUCAAGAAAAUUCAUCUAACAGAGUGUUUUGUUGUAAAGUCAAAAAAUAUAUGUUUGGAGAUGUCUAAGAAGUUAAACCAUGUUUGGCUGAGAACGAUAGAAGGGGAAAACAAACGCUGAGGUUGUAUGAGAUGAAGAACUAAAAUUUACCAAAAAAUAGUACUCAUCAUCAAUUUUCUCUAUCUAUGAAAUCAGGUAUGCAAUCUUAAAUUGAUAAACUCCCUAAAAUUGAAAAACUGGAAUAUAAAAAAAUGCCAUGUAGAAUUAAGAAUAUGUUAAGUAUAUAUUGUGAUUUUUUAACAGAGCUCUAACUUUGCAUAUUAUUAUAUUAUACAACAAUUUGCAAUUGUAAAAUUAAAGUAUAAUGCAAAAACCAUCAAUGCAAUCUUUCGAUUCGGUGUUUAACUCUACUUGUAAGCAACAGGGAAGUGGAACUGCUGUGCUCUCUGUGAUUUGUCUCUAUAACUUUUGGUGUUUUAUUGAAUCUCUCUGGAUGUGAAAAUAAAACGGGACACCCUUAAAUUGUGCCGUGUGAAAAAAAAUUAAAAAGAGUAAACAAUGUAUUUGCUGCAUCUGAUUCCAUCUCAAUAAAAUAAUGAGAGCUAUUUCAUUCCAACUAAAUCUGGUAAAGUGUUUCACUCACACAAGCUUUAA